AGCGUGUUAACGAGUGUGGUGUGCACGUUCGGGCUACCGUCAAGAUCUGUGGACAUUUGUGGACAUGACGAUAACCGACCUGCCGGUACGGAUGCUGUGCGACUGUGGUGAAGGCGCCCGACUCGUACAAGACGGUGAAGAGCCUAUGAUGUGCAUGGAUUUCAGGUUGUCGGUCAAGAUCCCCCUCCUGCAAUUAUUGAAAUCCUUGACCACGCUCAAUGAGGCGCCUCCAGAGUCCAAGAAUAUAACUCAGGCAGUUGCGGAGCCUCCAGAAUGCACCUGGGAGGAUGGAUUUGACCGUAUGCCCGGAUUCCAGGACUACGCUUCACAGGCCAUGUGGACUCCCUGUCCGGAGAUCUCGUGUCUCGAGGAUAAGGAGGGCUUGCAGGGAAUCGGCUUCAGCCCUCUUCCAGCACCUUGUCGCGUGGAGUUGACCCAUGCCAACCAGGAUGUGAAGUCGAGGACUUCCCCGUAUCCCAGCCACAGGUCGAUCCCGGAGCGGAGGGAUCGCGUUGAGACUCCAGAUCCCAAGGCUCAGGUGAUAACGCCCGGGCCGGUUUCGCCGUUGAAACCGAGAGGGCCUCCUUCCGGGGUUCAUCCGGACACCUGCCUGCAGACGUAGAGAGCCAAUGACCAAAGAUCGCGCGACGCGGCGCGACGCCAGACUCCUGCUUGAAUAUCUACUUGCAGUGCAUAGUCGCUUUAAGUUGCAACAGAG